GACACGUAAAAAGUGGAUGCGGAGAGUCAUGUUCACUUGUGUGGACUGAGACCUUCAUAGUCAGUCAGGCCGUCAGUGAUGCUAAUUCCAGGUUGAUCCUGCUCAAGGUGGACCAGGACUGCCAGCUGAAGAGCAACAUCCACUGGUGUGCCUUCCACUUACCUCUGAAGAUCAUCACAGGAAUUGAGCGCAGACAUGCUGCAGAAGAGAGGAAGGACAAAAUCCAUCUUGGUGUCCUCAAUUUUAGUGUGUUGUAUGCUUGCAAGUGCAGAGUAUUCCAGCUGUGGCGAGUACGAGUUCUUAAACCAGACCAGCCACAGCUGCCAGGCAUGCCCUCAGUGCCAGCCAGGACAGGAGCCGCAUAUGACGUGCGGCUACGGCGUGAAGGAUGAAGACUUCUCCUGUGUACCGUGUCCUCAUGGGAAGUACUCCAAAGGCAAAUAUGAGAUCUGCAGACGACAUAAAGACUGCGACGCCCUCUACAAAGCCACAGUGCGCACGGUGGGAACGUCAGACAGCGAUGCGGAGUGCGGCCCCUGUUUGCCAGGGUAUUAUAUGCUGGAGAACAGACCCAGAAAUCUCUAUGGGAUGGUUUGUCACUCCUGCCAGAACGCGCCACCUAACACCAAAGAAUGUAUGCAGAACAAUGUGCCAGUGCAAAAACCUCAAUCGGAUCCUGGCAGCACCACCGUGUUCCCUCAUCUUCAAAAAGAUCCAACAGGACAAGGUCACCUAGCGACGGCUCUCAUUAUCGCCAUGUCAACCAUCUUCGUCAUGGCCAUCGCUAUUGUUCUUAUCAUCAUGUUUUACAUUCUGAAGGCCAAGCCAAACAGCCAAGCAUGCUGUCAUGGCCAAGUGAAAUCAGUUGACACUCCGACCAAUAAACAAGAGGACAAGAAAGACAUCCCUGACAAGGUUGUGAUCUAUUCUGAAAAAGAUGAGUUUGGCAAACUUCAGGUCUCACCUCAAGUGAAAAGCGAAAACGACGCCUCCUCCGAGAACGAGCAGCUGUUGAGCCGCAGCGUGGACAGCGACGAGGAGGCCACGUCGGAGAAGCAGGGCUUGGCAAACGCAAACAACCUGACGCCUCUCAACAAUGUGGGGAACAAGCCGGACCUCUGCCUGCUCACUCUGGGCGCGCUGGAUGCCGACCCAGUCCGCAACGGGACCGCCAACGUCGCCGCUAGCAGUCCCGCUCCCGACCGCACGAACCACAUCAGCAAUGUGACCGCAAUCAGCAACAGCAAUAAGAACCCAGGGAUGUUGCAGAGUCGCAGGAAAAAGAUCUUGGAUCUGUACACUAAAGUGUGCAAUGUGACAGACGGGUUGAGCCCCACAGAACUUCCCUUCGAUUGCCUGGAGAAAGCCAGUCGCAUGCUAAGCUCCUCCUACAGCAGCGAAGCCGCCGUGGUCAAAACAUGGCGGCACCUGGCCGAGAGCUUCGGCCUGAAGCGCGACGAGAUCGGCGGCAUGAGCGACGGCUUGCAACUUUUCGAGCGGGUGAGCACGGCGGGAUACAGCAUCCCCGACCUGCUCACCCGCCUGGUGCAGAUCGAGAGGCUGGAUGCCGUCGAGUCGUUGUGCUCGGACGUUCUGGGAGGCAACGAAGUGGCGGCCGUCGGAGGCCGACGGGGCAUUAACAGUUUUCACAGCCAGUUGGCGUGCCCGUCACCGUGUCAGGCGUCUUCUCACCGCUGCGCCAGCGUCUAAGACAAACGGAUGCAUCCGGAAAUUAGACUGUACCCUCCCUCGUCACAUGAAGAACAUUGGUCGACCAAGAAGCUACACAUCCAAAAUAGUCAAAUAUGAAUCUAUCAAUCAAUUAGCAGUAGAGGGGGUCUUCCGUAUAUUUGCACAGCUCCACAAUCAGUCCUUUCACCAACGACUUCCUCUUCGGCAACCUUGCCAGAACCAACCUCCACCUCCCUCAUAACUUUUGCUUCCCUUUUUACCUCGAUUAUUGGGUGUGUAACUCCGCAGGGACCCUAAUAGUCCAAGGUGUUGCGGUUUAUACAGCGGGUGCAAAGUGCCCGUAAAUUCCACCGCCCAAUUAAGCUUUUAAAGACCAGUAAAAGUCCAGUGGAAAAGUUGAAAAAAAAAUACAGAGCCACAGCAGAGGUAUGACUAACUCCGCCCCCGGAGUCGAUAAGUUAUUUUGGCCACUGGUUUACACAGACAGUUGAACGGUGUAAGAAAAAAGUUACACAAUGGCCUUGUUGUUGUUUUAAUUCGGUUUUGUAGCUCAAUCCUGACACAGAAUGCCCGUCCACGUAUUGUUGAGUAAAUCAGCAGAACAAGUUUCAGACUAGCAAUAAUUCCGUCGAGCUAAAUAAAUCCACGCACGUGUACAAACGAGCAUGUAUUCUUUAGCCACAGCAGUAAUACAAACCUCAAACUUUUAAAUGGAGUGCCUUGUUAGAGCUACGCCACCUUGAUGAAAUCCAGUUUAAUUCAAAACAGGGCUGAACGUUUUUAUGGUGCUGUUUGCUGAGCUGGAUGUCGGACUGGACGAAAGUGAAAGUUUUGAGUCAGGGCAACAGCUUACUUUAUUUUAUAUUGGUCCUGAAGAGACGCAGAAGAUUGAUGGGAUACCUCAGUAGCAGCAGCCGUGUAGCAACGUACGGAAAGACACUCCAUAUUGUCACACAACCAAAGUGUGACUGUAUAUAUAACUUAUUAUUGUACAUAAUAUUUACUUGAAUAAAGACGUAUGACAAAACAAUGGUUUGAUACUUGACUAGUUAGACACUCCAUUCAACAUUUUUUUUAAUUUGCAUUGUCUCGCAAAGCUAGGAGACUAAUGUUUUAGAUAUAUAAUUUUAUUCUAAUUGCUCAGCUACCAUACAUUUUCAGGAAAACAAGAUAAAAAAAAAAAAGAUAUUUGCAGUUAUGGUGUUGGAUAAUAUUAUAUUGUGUUAAUUAGUACAAUAGAAUAAAACCAACAUGCUUUUAUUAAGACAGAGUGUUGUCAGUAACACACAAAUGAAAUUAAGCAUUAAUAUAGUUCAGAAAUAUUAAUCAAAAUUAAUUGUCUUUUUCGAGAUCUCAUUAGAUUAUUCAGGUGACUAAUAAAAUUUCUGUUGAGUGUAAAACUCCCCGGAGUUUGUGUUUUGUCUGGGUUUAUUUCUUAGGUUUUGUUUUCUGGUUUUCUCUUGCUCUUUAGGGAUUGUUGUUUCCACCUGUGCUUGACAACCUGUUCUCCCUCUAAGCCAUUGCAUCCCGUCCAGGUGUUUUGUGUUGUCUUGUCAGGGUGCUUGUAUUUAUUUCCCAAGUUUCUCUCAGUCCGUGCCAGACUGUUCUAAUUUUUUUCUUCUGUUUUCUUUUUUUUUUUUAAAUACUGGUGUUUUGAUGUUGUUUUGGUCUUUUGGAACUUUGAUUAGAUUUAGAGUUUUCCCUGCAUUAGUACACCAGCUGCUUUUUGUCAAUAGAUUUUUUUUUUCAGUGCAAUUUGCAUCCCUACCUUGCUAAUCUUGCCACAACCAUAACAAACUCUUUCCAGUCUGCACCAUGUUCAUCAUAACUGGUGCCCCUAUAAUAAUCUGUUGAGUCAGCACAUAUAGGUUUAUUCCCUUUGAAACGAUGAAGACAAAAUCACUUGGCACACUUUCGAGUUGAUUCCCUCGACUUCUACUUAGAGUUGAUUAAAUGUGACACAUUAACCAGCAUAUUCAGCAGAGGCACCUUUUGCCUGGAGCCUGUCUGCACAACAACAUAUUUUGUAAUGAAAAGUACAGAUUUUGAAAAAUUGCUUGUCUAUAUUAAAUAUGCUUUUUUCUUUUAAAUCA